AUGGCGGACUCCAAGCUGCAUCAGCAACCGCCCUUCAGGGCGGAGCACAUGGGGUCUCUACUCCGGCCACAGCGGCUGUUGGACGUCCGAACAACCAUCAGAGAGCAGAACUUGUCGCCUGAAGAAGCCGGCCUUCCUGAAGUGGAGAGAGAAGCAGUUGCCCAGAUUGUCAAGACUCAGCUUGACCUAGGGUUUAAAGGAGUGACGAGCGGAGAAUACAACCGCACACGUUUCUGGGGUCUGUUCUGGGAUGAGCUCGAAGGGACCACUCGUCUACAGGAUGCCGAAGCCAGCAUGUUUCGACUGUACCAUCCUGAUGUGGUCAGUCUGAUCGAGAAGGGCAGUAAGGUCAUGCCCGGCGACUCCGUGAUUGCCGGAGGAAAGAUUCAGCACAAGGGAACCGAGUCGAAUCUGCAUGAAUUGCGUCUGGUUCAGGCAGCUGUCCCCAAAGAAGAAUGGGGCAACAUCAAGCUUACCAUGAUUACACCGGCGUGGUUCCACAUGAGGUACAAGCAAGGUCGCGCUUAUACACCAGAGGCAUACAAGGACGAUGCCGAAUACUUCAAGGACGUCGCCAAAGCAUACCAGAAGGAGUUGGAGGUCCUGUACGAAGCAGGACUCCGCAACGUCCAGUUCGACGACCCAGGUCUCGCCUACUUCUGCUCCAAGGAUUUCCGCAAUGGCUGGGACCAGGACUCCGACAACAUCGGCAGCGCGGAUGAUCUUCUGGACGCCUAUAUCGCCCUGUACAACGACUCGAUCUCCAAGUGCCCUGCCGACAUGCAUACGGGAGUGCACUUGUGCAGAGGCAACUUCAUCGGCGGGCGCCAUUUCGCCGAGGGAGCCUACGACAUCAUCGCGAAGAAACUGUUUGAAAACCUCAACGUCAACACCUUUUAUCUCGAAUAUGAUACCGAACGAGCAGGAGGCUUUGAGCCCCUGAAAUACCUGCCCAAGGACAAAAACGUCAUCAUCGGCUGUAUCAGCACCAAAUUGCGGGAACUGGAGGAUAAGGAGGAGAUGAAGAAGCGGAUCUACAAGGCUGCCGAAUUUGUCGCCGAAGGGUCCAACCAGACUCGAGAGGAGGCCUUGAAGAGGAUCGGCAUCAGCCCGCAGUGCGGCUUCAGCACCCACGAGACGGGGUACCCGCUGUCCGACGAGGAUCAGAGGGCCAAAUUGGCUCUGGUGCGAGAAAUCGCAGAUGAAAUCUGGGGUGAGCCAUGA